CAUAAGAGACCUGGCCAAGGGGCACGAACUGGUUGUGCGAAUGCCACAGGUUGUGAUGCGUGAAGCAGUGCACACUGCGCUCUCAUUUUGCAGAGGAGUUCUCUGGUAAAUCAAGUCGUUUGGUGGUUUAUAGCAGUGCCGGCUCACAUCUGUCUGCGUGGAUGCACGUUCGUGUCUGACAGGUAGAAUCGCUGCGUGAAGUUACACUUGUAGGAGCUGAAGGACCUUUUUGUCAUCAUCUGUUCUGCCUGUUCAUCUGCACUCAUCUGACAAGAUGGUAUUUCGGAAACCACCAGAUGGUGGCUGGGGCUGGGUGAUUGUUAUCGUUUCCUUCUUCACUCAGUUCUUGUGUUACGGAUCACCGCUGGCGGUGGGAGUCUUGUAUUUAGAAUGGCUGGAUGCAUUUGGAGAAGGGAAAGGCAAGACUGCUUGGGUUGGAUCACUAGCAAAUGGAAUUGGAUUGCUUGCCAGUCCUGUCUGUAGUAUAUGUGUAUCAUCUUUUGGAGCAAGACCAGUAGCAAUCUUCAGUGGCUUUAUGGUGGCUGGGGGUCUCAUGAUGAGCAGUUUUGCACCUAACAUAUACUUUCUUUAUAUUUCAUACGGGAUUGUUGUUGGGCUUGGAUGUGGCCUUUUGUAUACAGCAACAGUUACCAUCACUUGCCAGUAUUUUGACAAACGCAGAGGCCUUGCCCUUGGUCUCAUCUCAACAGGUUCAAGUGUUGGACUUUUUAUAUAUGCAGCAUUGCAAAGAGAACUUAUUGAGCUAUAUGGACUGGAUGGUUGUCUGCUAAUAGUUGGGGCACUGUCUCUAAAUAUAUUAGCGUGUGGCAGCCUAAUGAGACCAUUGGAGUCACCUGCUUCCCCUCCACCAGAAAAAUCAUGUGUAGACAAAGUCCCAGAUCAGUAUUUGGUUUACCAUGAAAAAGAAAAGACUGCAGAAGAAAAUAUAAGCAUCCUUGAAAAGGGCUACCUUGAUGAAAAAUGUGCAAACAACAUGCCUGAUUGCAAACAAGAUGCCAUUUUAAAUAAGAAUGUAUUAAGCUCAAUAAAUGUAAAUGAGAAAGACACUUACAAAAAAAAAGUUGUAGAACAGACAAACUUCUGCAAGCAACUUGCCAAAAGGAAGUGGCAGCUCUAUUUGAACUACUGGGAGGAAACUGCGGUUCUUUUUAAGAACAAAGUCUUUUCGGCUCUAUUUGUUGCUAUCCUGCUCUUUGAUAUUGGUGGAUUUCCUCCUUCUCUGCUCAUGGAAGAUGUAGCAAGAAGUGCAAACAUCAAUGAAGAUGAUUAUCACAUGCCUCUUAUUUCCAUUAUAGGCAUUAUGACUACUGUUGGCAAACUGACUUUAGGAAUAUUGGCGGAUUUUAAGUGGGUGAACACUUUGUACCUAUAUGUAACUACCUUACUGAUGACAGGAAUGGCCUUGUUUGCGAUUCCGUUUGCCAAAAGUUACGUGACGCUGGCCAUGCUUUCCGCAGCUUUGGGGUUUCUGACUGGGAACUGGUCGAUCUUUCCAUAUGUCACAACAAAGACUGUGGGAAUCGAGAAGCUGACUCACGCAUAUGGGAUACUGAUGUUCUUUGCUGGACUUGGAAAUAGCUUUGGACCACCAAUUGUAGGUUGGUUUUACGACUGGACGCAGGAGUAUGACACUGCAUUCUAUUUUAGUGGCAUUUGUGUCUUGCUGGGUGGAUUUCUUCUGCUGUUGGCAGCAUUACCCUGCUGGAAUACUUGUGCCCGUCAGAGCUCAAAGCUGCCUCCGAAUGCUUACUCCUACAAAGUUGCAUCUAAAGCUUAGGUGACAGCUGGAAAACACUUUGUCCUUUUUUCUAUUAUAUAGCAAAGUAUUUUAGUAAUUUUCCACUUAUUUAUGAAGCCCCCAAAUCCUCUUCCACUAGAGAAAUUCCAUUGUUGCUUGUUGUUCAGUUCCUUUUUUCUUCAUUUACUUUUUAUUUUAUUUUUAAGAGCAGUCUUACUUUGCCAACUAUUCACUGUAGUUUCAGCCUUUGUCUCCUGUAAUUUCCUUUCACCCUCCAAGGGAUAUAUUCUGUCAUAUU